CUCACAUGGAUCCAUUUUCUAUUGGUGAAACGAUGAGAAUUGCCGGAAUGAGUGAUUUGAUUUAAACCAACAGGCAUUUGCUAUCCUUUUUGUUUGGUCCGUGCUGCCACCAUCCAUGGAGGUUCAUCUUGGAAGGUUUAGCUCAACAGUUAUCUUAUCCCCCAAAGCUUCGAAUAGUAGUACUACUAGACCAGCACACUUACCCUGCAAGUCCUCCUAUUCUCCUCGCGCUUCUCGUAUCUUAGCUUCCGCGCCUUCUCGAUUCUCUCCUUCUGGUUCGUUCCUUCCUCGAAAGAGGCCUAUUCUUUUUUGUGUGCAUAUUUCCGAAUUGGGUAUUAAGCUUAUUCAAAUUGCUCUUAUGGUUUCAGUUUUAUAUGCGACACCGGAGAGUCAAGUAAGCGCGGAGGAACGAGAAUGGGCAAUGCAAGAUUUUUAUACAUUGAGAAGAGAGGUUGAAAUUGCUGCAGAACGUGUUCAUGAGAUAAGAGCUUCUGCUUGUCUCCAACAGUUGGAAAAUGAAGUUGCCGAGUUGGAAUCCAAAGCAGCUGAUACCUCCUUUUGGGAUGAUCGAGCUAUGGCUCAAGAGAACCUUUUGGCCCUCACCGAUGUCAAAGACCGAAUCAAAUCCCUUACUGACUUCAAAACACUGGUUGAAGAUGCAGAAACAAUAGUCAAGCUAACUGAAGAGAUGGACUCCACAGAUAAUGCGCUUCUUGAAGAGGCUUCCAGUAUCAUUAAGGAAUUGAACAAGGCUAUGGAUCGGUUUGAGUUGACUCAACUUCUUUCAGGGCCUUAUGACAAAGAAGGUGCAGUUAUUUCUAUUACAGCCGGUGCUGGAGGUACUGACGCACAGGAUUGGGCUGAAAUGUUACUCAGGAUGUAUAUGAGGUGGGGAGAAAAACAGAGAUACAAAACUCGAGUGGUUGAGAAAUCCCCCGGAGAGGAAGCUGGAAUUAAGUCGGCGACACUCGAAGUUGAAGGUCGUUAUGCUUAUGGUUAUUUGUCUGGGGAGAAAGGCACACACCGCAUUGUACGACAGUCUCCUUUUAAUGCCAAAGGUCUUCGCCAGACCAGCUUCUCUGGUGUGGAAGUGAUGCCUCUCCUACCUGAGGAAUCACUGAAAGUUGAAAUUCCUGAAGAGGAUUUGGAGAUAACUACUUCAAGGGCAGGUGGGAAAGGAGGUCAGAAUGUGAAUAAAAUUGAAAGUGCUGUCCGGAUUACUCACAUCCCCACUGGUGUCACUGUUCGCUGCACAGAAGAGAGAUCCCAGCUCGCAAACAGAAUAAAAGCUCUAAGCAGGUUGAAAGCAAAGCUGUUGGUGAUUGCUGAGGAGCAACGAGCAUCAGAAAUUAAGCAAAUACGAGGAGAUGCAGUUAAGGCAGAGUGGGGGCAACAAAUAAGGAACUAUGUGUUCCAUCCGUACAAACUCGUCAAGGAUGUAAGGACAGGAUAUGAAACAUCUGAUAUCACUUCUGUGAUGGACGGUGAUUUGGAGCCUUACAUCAAAGCGUACCUCAAACUUAAAUACAGUAUGAAAAUCAGUGCAUCAAGCCAAGGCUAGGCUGUAGCUUGUUAGUAAACUCCUAUUCUGGUGCUUACAUUGUACAAUUUCUGGAAGUCCGUGAAUGGAAAGGACACUGCUGAUCAGGUGAAUCUUUUUCAAACGGCCUGCUGUGAUUGAUCCUAAUGAGAACCAAGCUCGGAAGCAUCCUCAUCUUCCGAAUUACAACAGAUUGAGGAGUACUUACUCUAUCACAAGUUGAUUAAAACUACCACAAGUUGUAGAGAUGGUAAGAGCCUUGGUGUGACCAGGUUCGAAUCAUUUGGAUGCUGAUCGGAGUUACUGUAUCUUUGGUGUCUAGGGAGGAGUCCUU